AUUAAAUAAAUUGCCCUAGCAUUAAAUUGUACUACAUUGAGAUUGGAACUGAAAGAGCCGCUACGCCUGCGUCGCCCCCCUGUGUAUGCGUACGCUUCUGUCCAAGUGUGUGUGUGUGUUGUCGACUCCAAUAAAUUCCCACUACCGGUAGAACUGGUCUCCACCUUGCGCGCGUUCAAAAACCCCAGCUGCUUUGAGUCAUAGAUAAGACCCCAGCCGAGCCUGAGCCCAAGUUCGGUUUUGAUUUUUAUCCCCGAUCAGUUCAUUUGAACCGUAAAACUGGCAGCACGCAUCAUGUCCGCAGGCCGAGUCGUCAUCUAUGGUGGCAAGGGGGCACUGGGCUCCGCAUGUGUUGAACACUUCAAAGCCAACAACUACUGGGUCGGCAGCAUUGACUUGAGCGAAAACGACAAGGCCGACGUGAGCAUUGUGGUGCCACGCGAUGGCAGCUGGUCGGAGCAGGAGGCCACUGUGGUGGGUAAAGUGGGAGAAGCAAUCGCUGGGGAGAAGCUGGAUGCCGUGAUCUGCGUGGCCGGUGGCUGGGCUGGCGGCAAUGCCAAGAAGGAUCUGGCCAAGAACGCCGAUCUCAUGUGGAAGCAGAGCGUGUGGACAUCGAGCAUCUCGGCGGCCGUUGCCGCUCAGCAUUUGAAGGAGGGCGGGCUCUUGGCCCUUACCGGGGCCAAGCCUGCAUUGGAGGGCACUCCUGGAAUGAUUGGCUACGGCAUGGCCAAGGCGGCUGUCCAUCAGCUGACACGUUCGCUUGCUGGCUCGAAUUCUGGUCUGCCAAGCGGCUCCCUGGUCGUCUCCAUUCUCCCUGUGACCUUAGACACGCCCAUGAACCGCAAAUGGAUGCCAGACGCAGACUUUAGCACUUGGACACCCCUCAAGGAGGUGGCUGGUCUGUUCUUAAACUGGACCCAAGCCCAGGAGCGCCCCAAGACGGGCUCCCUGCUGCAGCUAAUAACCAAGUGCGACAUUACCGAGCUGAUAGCCGCAGAGUAGUAAGGAAAACCACGGAUCCCCAUGCUGAUGAAAUGAAUGCUCAAACCGUAAUCUCAAUGCUUUCGCUUGUACAUAAACUAUAAAUACAUCGCUUGGCGGCUUUCGAUCGUUUAA